AUGGUUUCUCAAAAACGUUCCCACUCUCACGACCAUGAGAAGGAUGAUUCCUUUGAUGAUUUGUUGAAACCUGUCUAUAAAGGUAAGAAAUUGACUGAUGCCAUUGAUACUGCUGAGGAUAAAUGGAAUUUAUUACCAGCUUUCUUGAAAGUUAAAGGUUUGGUUAAGCAACAUUUAGAUUCCUUUAAUUACUUUGUUGAUAAGGAUUUGAAGAAAAUCAUUGAAGCAAAUCAAGUCAUUUUAAGUGAUGUCGAUCCAGAAUUCUAUUUAAAGUAUGUUGAUAUUAGAAUCGGUGAAAAAUCAACUGGUUCUAAAGAGAAAUUAGUUCCUCCACAUGAAUGUAGAUUGAGAGAUAUGACUUACUCGGCUCCAAUAUACGUUGACAUCGAGUACACAAGAGGAAGAAAUAUAAUUAUGCAUAAGGAUGUCGAAAUUGGUAGAAUGCCAAUAAUGUUAAGAUCUAAUAAGUGUAUAUUAAAUGGUGCUGAUCAAAAAGUCAUGGCAAAAUUAAAUGAGUGUCCCUUAGAUCCAGGUGGAUACUUCAUUGUCAACGGUACAGAAAAAGUAAUUUUAGUUCAAGAACAAUUAUCAAAGAAUCGUAUUAUUGUAGAAGCAGAUGAAAAGAAGUCCAUUGUCCAAGCUUCUGUCACUUCAUCGACUCACGAAAGAAAAUCUAAAACUUAUGUCGUUACUAAGAACGGUAAGAUUUACUUGAAGCACAAUUCUAUUGCCGAAGAAGUCCCAAUUGCUAUUAUUUUGAAAGCAUGUGGUAUUGUCUCCGACUUAGAAAUUAUGCAAUUGGUGUGUGGUAACGAUAGCAGUUAUCAAGAUAUCUUUGCAAUUAACUUGGAAGAAGCUGUUAAAUUAAACAUAAGUACUCAACAGCAAGCGCUGGAGUACAUAGGUUCCAAGGUGAAAACUAUUAGAAGACAAAAACUAUCGAUACUACAAGAAGGUAUUGAAGCUAUAGCGACCACUGUGAUUGCACAUUUAACAGUAGAAGCUUUAGAUUUUAGAGAAAAAGCACUAUACAUUGCAAUGAUGACGCGUAGAGUAGUAAUGGCUAUUGAGAAUCCUAAAAUGGUAGAUGAUAGAGAUUAUGUCGGUAAUAAACGUUUAGAAUUGGCAGGACAAUUGAUUUCUUUGUUAUUUGAAGAUUUAUUCAAGAAAUUCAAUAGUGAUUUCAAGGCAAGUAUUGAUAAAGUAUUAAAAAAACCAAAUAGAGCUAUGGAAUAUGAUGCUUUGUUAUCGAUUAAUGUUCAUUCAAAUAAUAUAACCAGCGGUUUGAAUAGAGCCAUUUCAACUGGUAACUGGUCUCUAAAAAGAUUUAAGAUGGAAAGAGCUGGUGUCACUCAUGUCUUAUCUCGUCUAUCUUAUAUUUCAGCUUUAGGUAUGAUGACAAGAAUUUCAUCUCAAUUCGAAAAGUCAAGAAAGGUUUCCGGCCCAAGAGCGCUACAACCUUCCCAAUUUGGUAUGUUAUGUACAGCUGAUACUCCUGAAGGUGAAGCUUGUGGUUUGGUUAAGAACUUAGCCUUGAUGACCCAUAUCACCACAGAUGAUGAAGAAGACCCAAUUAAAAAAUUAUGUUAUAUGCUGGGUGUUGAAGAUAUUACACUUAUUGAUAGUGCUAGCUUACAUUUAAAUUAUGGUGUUCAUCUAAAUGGUACAUUAAUAGGUACAACUAGAUUUCCUCUAAACUUUGUGUCCCAGUUUAGACAAUUAAGAAGAACUGGUAGAGUUUCUGAAUUUGUUUCCAUUUACACAAAUUCUCAUCAACAGGCUGUUCACAUUGCUACUGAUGGUGGUAGAAUUUGUAGACCAUUGAUCAUUGUUAGUAAUGGUAAAUCACAUGUUAAAGCAGAACACUUAAAGGAAUUAUUGGAAGGUAAAUUAGAUUUUGAUGAUUUCUUAAAACUGGGUUUAGUAGAAUACUUAGAUGUUAACGAAGAAAACGACUGCUUUAUUGCGUUGUAUGAAAAGGAUUUAUCAAAUCGUAGUACCCAUUUAGAAAUUGAACCAUUCACUGUUUUGGGUGCAGUUGCAGGUUUAAUUCCAUAUCCACACCAUAAUCAAUCUCCACGUAACACAUAUCAAUGUGCGAUGGGUAAACAAGCAAUUGGUGCUAUCGGUUAUAACCAAUUUAAGAGAAUUGAUACAUUAUUGUAUUUAAUGAUUUAUCCACAGCAACCUAUGGUGAAAACUAAGACCAUUGAGCUAAUUGAUUACGACAAAUUACCUGCAGGUCAAAAUGCAACUGUUGCUGUUAUGUCAUAUUCUGGUUACGAUAUUGAGGAUGCUUUGGUAUUGAAUAAAGCUUCGAUUGAUAGAGGUUUUGGUCGUUGUGAAACCAGAAGAAAAACUACAACUGUUUUAAAAAGAUAUCCAAAUCAUACACAAGAUAUCAUAGGUGGUAUGCGUGUUGAUGAAAACAACAAUCCAAUUUGGCAACAUGAAGCGCUAGGACCAGAUGGUUUGGGUGAAGUAGGUGUUAAGGUUAACAGUGGUCAAAUUUAUAUUAAUAAGUCAGUUCCUACAAAUGCAUCUGAUAGUGUGUUAACAAGUACACAAUCACAAUAUAAAGAAACUCCAGUUGUAUAUAGAUCCCCCGUACCUUCACAUAUUGAUCAGGUUAUGAUGUCAGUUUCUGAAAAUGAUCAAGCCUUGAUUAAGGUACUAUUGAGACAAAAUAGAAGACCUGAAUUAGGUGAUAAAUUUUCAUCUAGACAUGGUCAAAAGGGUGUCUGUGGUAUUAUCGUUAACCAUGAAGAUAUGCCAUUUAAUGAUGAAGGUAUCUCUCCUGAUAUUAUCAUGAACCCGCAUGGUUUCCCAUCCCGUAUGACAGUCGGUAAGAUGAUAGAAUUAGUUUCUGGUAAAGCAGGUGUUUUAAAUGGUAGUUUAGAAUAUGGUACCUGUUUUGGUGGUUCGAAGCUUGAAGAUAUGUCUCAAAUAUUAGUUGAGAAUGGUUACAACUAUUCCGGUAAAGAUAUGUUGUAUUCGGGUGUUACAGGUGAAUGUUUACAAGCUUAUAUUUUCUUUGGUCCAAUUUAUUACCAAAAAUUAAAACAUAUGGUAUUGGAUAAAAUGCAUGCAAGAGCCAGAGGUCCAAGAGCUGUAUUAACUCGUCAACCAACUGAAGGUAGAUCUAGAGAUGGUGGUUUAAGAUUAGGUGAAAUGGAAAGAGAUUGUGUUAUCGCUUAUGGUGCCUCUCAACUAUUAUUAGAAAGAUUAAUGAUAAGUUCAGAUGCUUUUGAGGUUGAUGUAUGUCAUAAAUGUGGCUUAAUGGGUUACAGUGGUUGGUGUACUACAUGUAAGAGUGCAGAAUUCAUUGUUAAGAUGACAAUUCCGUACGCUGCUAAAUUAUUAUUCCAAGAAUUAUUGGCCAUGAACAUUGCUCCUAGACUAAGAUUAGAAGAUCUCUUUAAGGAAUAA